UAGAGAUUGUACCUUGCAUAUAUGGUCCUAUUAUAGGGUAGUUUAGUAUAAACGAAAAAAUAUUAUCUAAGGAAGUAAGGUUAAAUCUAUAACAUGUACAUAUAUUAACUUUUUACAUUUUGCUAACUCAGGUGUACAAAAUUAUGGAAUAAAUGUAAUAGGCCAAAAUCUGCGCAAAUAAUAAAAACAGUUAUAUCUUCGAAUCUGGUUACACCUUGCGUUACAAGAUGGAACUCAUUGUACGAUUCGGUUCAGAAGUUAAUAGAAGUCAAAAACAGAUUAGGUGAACUAUGCUAUAAGCUGGAAAUUUCUACUUUCAAUGAGGAAGAAAUUGAGUAUUUGAAAGAAUAUGCAAAAGUAAUGCAACCAAUUGCAGAAGCUAUCGACUUCCUUCAAAGAGUGCAAAAUAUGUUCUUUGAUUACUUUAUUCCAACUUUACUGUCCAUCAAAAUAAUAAUGCGACGUUUAGCUUCCGAAAACAUGAAAUAUUUGACGGAAACUAAUAUUCAAAUGCAAUCAAAGCUAAUGCAAAGGUUUGAAAAAUAUUUUAGUUUGCACUCUGACUCUUGGGAUGCAGUUAUUGCAGCAAUUCUCAUUCCCGAUAUCAAACUAAAAUUUUGCAAAACUGUGCUGGAAGUGCUGAUAUACACUCUAGAAGAUGUUCGGGAUAAAUUUAAAGAAUAUGCGAUGGAGUUUAAAAGACAACCGGUAGGGGAAGAUAAUAAUUUACAGCCUUCCAUAAGUGCUAAUACAUCAUUUCUCGAAUUCGAUGAGGAGUCUACAGAUGAAAAUCGGUAUACAUGUUGCCAUGUAGGAGUGAUUACGUUUAUAUCUACAUAAAUGCCUACCAAAUGAUAUGCCUUAAAUUCGUUCUUAAGUAUCUAUCAUAAACAAAUAACCUAUCCAAUACUUUAUUUAUAAUAAAUAUAUACUUUUUUAUUUCAUAUCUAUAUAUGUACAUUAGAGUGGUCCAAAUUUUGUAUGAGGGAAAAAUUUCAUCGUAGAAAAUGGGGCAUCCCCUUAGUUUUUUCCUUUUUGGUAUUUGUGAUAUCUAUACCAACUUUCAAUUUCCUACUGUAACCAAUACCGGGUGCUCAAUAACCUUGAAAUGCGCUACUGAAUCUCUUUGAAACUGACAAAAAUAAUGAUGGUUUUUUUAUAAAAAGCUACUGUUGCCAUGACAACUGAAGCUUAUAAUAUUUUUCAGCUAAUUUAAUUUUGAAAUGAUCGCAGCGUUAAUAUAUCGCGCGUUUAAUAAUAUAGAUAUGUAUCUCAGCUGGAUAAAAGAUAGUCGUAAAUACCAUUUUGGCGAUUUUUAAUUUUAGCUUCAGUUAUAUAUUUUUAAAUAAGAUCUUUCGAUUGUUGUUUUCAGUUUUUGGAAAUCUACUUUAGUUUCCAAGAUAUUGACUGCAAUUUUAUCGGUAAUUUAGUGCAAAUUUAGUUAAUAAUGCAGUCACACCAAACUAAUCGAGAUAUUUUAUUAAACUUCAAUCACAAUUUCCCAAAACCUGCCGAAAGUAACAUACGACAAUCUUAUGCUUCUAGAAAUGUAAAGUUUUCUGCGAGCACCCCCUUCGGCAAGAGGAAAUAUUUUGGAGUAUUUUUGGACCACUCUAACGUACAUAUUUUUUUUAAGUACAUAUCGUUAUAACAUGAAAACGUUGCUGAAAUGCAAAAAACCGUAACUAACUAAAAUAUAUAUUGCAUAACCCGACGUGGGGACUUAUAAUUCGAAGAAAUACAUUAUACUUAUUCUAUCAAAAAGUGAAUUUUGGAUUUUUAAUAAGUGACUGUUUUUUUUACAGCAACGAUAUGGGAUAGAGCCUUUGUACGAUAUAUACAUGUGCAUUCCUCAUUAAAACUUAUUAUUUUUAGCAAAAAAAAUAUACAAAUUCUCCUAUAUUAUUCCUAGAUUGUUUCAAAGCAGUCGAAUUUAUGAGCUGUUACCCUUUUCCUUGCAGUAGUGUGUUUUCUACAACCUAACUGGUGCGUUUGCCCGGUCAAUAUGGUUAGAAAGACUCGCCGAAUCGGCGCCUUGGUCCUGACACGCAUUUGAAAAUAUCUUUUCUUAGUGAAUGAUUUAGAAUAGGGUUGAUUAUGGAGUCAGGGAAUUAUUCUAAUCAUCUUGGAAGUCAAGCAACAUGUUUGCCUAAACGUAUUCUAACAUUUUGCUUAUUAUCGUUUCAGAGAUUUCAGACAGCUCCGCCUCUUUCAGUGAAUUACAAUUUCGGCACUCAGCAAAAUGUCGCAAGGAGUAAGAUCAUACUCGAUAUGAGGCGUAUGAUUUGACGCAUAUAUUUCGAAACGGCGCAUCCUUAAUCCAAGCUGAAGCUCUGUGAAUAAGUUGAGUAGAGCCAUUGGGCAGGCCACGGCCAACUCCACUGUAGCAUGUCACAAUUAGUGGAAUUUCACUCGCAUCAGUUUUCAAUUACGGCUCCAGCAAUAUGAAAUGUAUUUUUUUUAAUAUUUACAAAUUUAGUCCCUUUCGAACAUUUCCAGACGUUGAAAAAUUAUGAAAAUAAAGGAUAAAUCUGAUCGACACA